AUGCGCGCGGAGGCCCGCGGGGGCGCGCGGCGGCGGCGCGGCGCGGCGGGCGCGGGGGCUCUGGGCGCCGCGGUGGAGUCGGGCGCGCUGAGCGCGACCGGGAACGCAGCGGUACAGAUUGUGCUGGCUGCGGCACUGCUCAAGGCGCUUCUGAACAGCAAGAAGCUCCCGGAGGCGACGUCCGCGGUGCUGAGCGCGCUGUCGUUCCACGUCUUCGCGCCGGCGUGUCUCCUGUACAGCGGCCUCGUGGCGUCCACGGACAUCCUCACGCGCGACAACCUCCUCUUCGUCCUCGGCAUGAUGACCUUCCAGCUCGCCGCGGGGCGCCUCUGUGGGUGGCUGGCUGAGUCAGCCCUAGGGCGUCUCGAACGCCUGGACCGCCGCAGGACGCCCGGCGGGCUCCCCGCGCCCCCGGGCGGCCUCCCCGCCGCCGGAGUCUCCCCCGCCGCGGCCAUCGCGGCGUCGACGGCGUCGGCCGUAGGCGUGCCCGGCGCCGAGAUGGCGCUGCUGCCGCCAAUGGCGGCCGGCGCGACGGGGUGGCGGGAAUGGGUCGGGCUGUCGUGCGUGCUCGGCAACGCGCUGACGCUGCCGCUGUCGGUGCUGCUGCUGUCGUCGAGCGCGGAGUUGUACGCGCAUAGUGCUCUGUCGACCGGGCUGGCGCUGGCGGUGUGGACGCCGGUGUUCUGGGGCCUCACGACGUCGGCGUGGGCGGGCGUCGCGAAGCGGAUGGUGGCGGCGGCGGAGGCGCUGCGGGCGGAGAGCGGGAGCGCGGUCGCGCGGAGGGGGCCGGCGGCGGUGGUGGGGAGCGUGCGGGAGGAGGCGCGGGGCGGGGAGGGGGGCGCGGGGGGCGCGGAGGUCGGGCCGGACGCGCGGGCCGCGAGCGUGGACGUGGAGGCCAUCGACAGGUGGGCGCGGCGGACGGUGGACGCGGAGGACGUGGGGGCGCGAAAGGCGUACAUGCUCGGUUUGUUGCCGGGGCGGGCGCUGCGGUGGUGGGGGCCGGUCGCGUUCAGCGUCCCGCUCCUCGCCACGCUCGCGGGACUCGCGUUCGGCCGGAUGGAGGGCAUGGCGGACCUCGCGUUCGGCGUCGCCCAGCCGACGCCCGGCCCGAUCGAGGUCGAGGCGCUGUCCGCGGCGUCCGCGAGCGCGAUGGAGCUGCUGCGGUCGCUCACUGCGGCGGCGCCCGCCGUCCUGUCGCUGGCGCUGGCGUCCCUCAUACACCUCCCCAAGCACCUGGGUCAGGCUGACGCGGACGACACGCUGGUGGGCGGGCCCGUGUGGACGUCGCGCGUGCGGCGGCUGAUCAUGCCCGGGCGCCACGAGGCGGCCGCGGCGAUGCUCGUCGCGGCGUCGCGGUUCCUCUUCGUCCCAGGCCUCACGCUCCUCCUCUACACCACCCUCGUCGCCAAGGGCGUCAUCACCGCGCAGGCCAUCUCCAGCAAAGCCGUCCACGUCGCCGUCCUGCUCCAAUCCUGCAUGCCGCCAGCGCAGAUGCUGCUCGGGUGCAUCCCGCGACACAAGACGACCGUGCAGCUCCGGACGCGCUACGAGGCGCUCCUGACGCGCGUCUACGCCGCGGGGGUCGUCCCCGUCGCAGUCUGGCUCGCCGUAUUCAUCGUGCGUGUGUCGGCGGUGCCGGCCUGA